AUGGAAGGAUCAGGUCCGCGCCAAACUGGACGUGCAGAAUCUCAACGACAGGACAACUUUCUAAAUCUCGAACGAGCGAAGGACCAAGAUAAUCAACGAGAGGGCAGUGUGAACACCUCUCACAUGAGUAGAAGCCGCUCAAAAGGGAAAGAUCACGCGUCCCACAAGCACAACGAGCGAAAGGCUCUGCAGCAAGAGAUUGAUGAUUUGAAGAAGAAGCUGUGUCGAGCCCAGCGAAAACGUCCUUCACCCGACUCGGACACUGGCAGUUAUGAGGAUGGCGAAUACAGACGAAGGUCGAGAACUCCUCCGAGUGAGACUUUUUCCUACGAGGAAGAACGGUCUCGCAAACGCGGCCACAAAAGCCCGUCUUACCAAGGCCUGGCCAAUGACGCCAUGAGCAAGGCCCUGGAUCGCAUCUUCCAGUCGCCAUUCACACGUAGAAUAGAAAGGGCAGUGCUUCCUCAGCGAUUCAAUCAGCCAACGUUUGCCAUAUACAAUGGUCGAACUGACCCAGUGGAGCAUGUAAGCCAAUUCAACCAGAGGAUGGCCGUCCACUCCAGGGACGAGGCGUUGAUGUGUAAGGUGUUUCCAUCCAGCUUGGAACCCCUGGUAAUGAGAUGGUUUGAUGCCCUCCCGCCAAAUUCCAUAGAUUCCUUUAAGCAGCUGACACAGGCUUUUGGUUCCCGCUUCAUCACCAGCACUAGAGUCCCUCGGCCCCUCGACUCCCUUUUAUCCUUGUCCAUGCGGGAAGGAGAAACGCUGAAGGCCUACUCGGACAGAUAUUGGGAAAUGUACAACGAGAUAGAAGGAAACUAUGAUGACGUCGCCAUUAGUACAUUCAAAAGGGGUUUGCCGAAAGAGCAUGGCCUGAGAAAGUCCCUCACUGGGAAGCCAGUCACCAGCGUGCGACAACUCAUGGACAAAAUAGACAAAUACAAAAGGGUCGAGGAGGACCAGCAGGUUGGGAAGGGUAAAGCGAAGGUUGUCCCUCAGGAGAGGAGGGACUUCAGGUCGGACCGCUUUAGCAGCAGUAACAAGCCGAGAAGAGAUUACAUGGAACAGUCCGGAUCUACCGGGGCUCAGGCAGUCCAUGCUGUGUUCCGAGAACCAUUGCACAAGAUCUUGGAUAAGGUGAAGUGUGAACCUUUCUUUCAGUGGCCGAACAGGAUGGCAGGCGACCCCUCAAAACGCAAUCAGAAUCUAUACUGCGCGUACCAUCAGGAGCCCGGUCACACCACCGACGAUUGCAGGAAUCUGAAAAACUAUUUGGAUCAGCUUGUCCGAGAAGGAAAGCUGAGACAUCUAUUGCACCGCCCUGAACAGUCAAAUGUCGAAACCAGACAAGGCGCAUUGAGGCCACCCAUAGGCACGAUAAGUGUCAUUCUUGCCACACCUGGGAGAACCGAUUCCGGCCCGUUCAGAGUAAUGUCAGUGGGCAGGUUCCCGACGGAGCCAGACGAAAGGGAAUCCAAGAGAGCCAGAGUAAGCGCCACGCCAUUAAUCGGGUUCACGGAGGAUGAUAAGCAAGGAACUAUUCAACCCCAUGAAGAUGCCCUAGUCGUGACGCUCAGAAUAGGAGGUUAUGACGUGAAAAGGGUGUUAGUCGAUCAAGGCAGCGCUAUGGAGGUAAUAUACCCUGAUUUGUAUAAGGGGCUGAACUUGAAGCAGGAAGACCUGUCACCAUAUGAUUCACCCCUGGUUAGCUUUGAAGGAAAAAUCGUCAUCCCGAAAGGCAUGAUUAGGCUGCCUGUGCAAACAGACUCGGACGUAGUGGAAGUGGACUUCAUCAUCGUAGAUGCAUACUCCCCCUACACAGCUAUUGUGGCCCGGCCAUGGCUUCAUGCACUAGGGGCUGUGUCGUCAACCUUGCACCAAAAAGUGAAGUAUCCGUCAGGAGGUCAAAUCAAAGAGGUAAUAGGGAAUCAAGGAAUGGCCAGACAAUGCAUGGUGUCGGCAAUUUCACGACGACCAAGCAGCGAACCUUCCACUUCAGCCGGGAACAGCUUAUAG